UCCCCCCUCCGCCCCGCCCCGCCCUGGCUCUUCAUGUUGUGGGCCUGGUCCCUCCAGACCGGGCUGGGGGAUGACCUUUUCUCCGCUGCAUUAGGAGCGCUGCUGGCCGGCAUGGCCCUGGAAGGGCCCCGCUGCCCCCGACGUGGGUCCCCCGGGGGGGCUCUGGCCGGGAGGAGGAUGAGGGGGCGUGGCCGGCGGGCGGUCCGCGGGACCGGCCGGGCCACGGCGGCCUUCGCGGCCAGGACGCACCUCCACGGGCUGAGGCAGGUGUGCUCGCCGGGGUCCUCGCCCCGGCGCCGCGUCCUCUGGCUGCUGGCCGUCUGCGCCUGCCUGGGCCUCCUGCUCUCCUGGUCCUCCAACCGCUUGCUCUACUGGCUCUCCUACCCCACCUACACCAAGGUGCACAUGGAGUGGGCCAAGGAGCUGGCUUUCCCCACCGUCACCGUCUGCAACAACAACCCCGUGCGCCUCUACCGGCUCACCAAGAGCGACCUGUACUUCGCCGGACACUGGCUGGGCCUCCUCAUGGCCAACCGGACCGCCCGUCCCAUGGUCUCCGACCUGGUGCAGGAGGACCGGCGCGCCUGGUUCCAGAGGCUGUCCGACUUCCGCCUCUUCCUGCCCCCGCGGCACUUCGAGGGGACCAGCCGGGACUUCCUGGAUCGGCUCGGCCACCAGCUGGACGACAUGCUGCUGUCCUGCAAGUACCGCGGGGACGAGUGCGGGCCCCAGAACUUCUCCACCGUCUUCACCAGGUACGGGAAGUGCUACAUGUUCAACGCGGCGGAGGAAGGGAAGACGCUCCGCACCACGGUGAAGGGGGGCACGGGGAACGGGCUGGAGAUCAUGCUGGACAUCCAGCAGGACGAGUACCUGCCCGUCUGGGGCGAGACAGAGGAGACCGCGUUCGAGGCAGGGGUCAGAGUUCAGAUCCACAGCCAGGCCGAGCCCCCUUUCGUCCACGAGCUGGGAUUCGGAGUGGCCCCGGGAUUUCAGACCUUCGUCGCGACGCAGGAGCAGAGGCUGACGUACCUGCCCCCGCCGUGGGGGGAGUGCCAGUCGAAGGCCCCGGACUCGGGCUUCUUCCCGGUCUACAGCGUGACGGCGUGCCGCAUCGACUGCGAGACGCGCUACAUCGUGGAGAACUGCAACUGCCGCAUGGUGCACAUGCCAGGCGACUCUCCCUUCUGCACUCCGGAGCAGUACAAGGACUGCGCCGAGCCUGCCUUGGCGACGUUGUCGGAGGAGAACAACAACUGCCUCUGCCGGACUCCGUGCAACACCACGCGCUACAACAAGGAGCUCUCCAUGGUGAAGAUCCCCAGCAAGACCUCGGCUCGGUACCUGGAGAAGAAGUUCAACAAAUCCGAGAAGUACAUAUCGGACAACAUCCUGGUCCUGGAUGUGUUUUUUGAGGCCCUCAACUACGAGACCAUAGAACAGAAGAAGGCCUACGAAGUGGCGGGUUUACUGGGCGACAUCGGUGGCCAGAUGGGACUGUUCAUCGGCGCCAGCAUCCUGACGAUACUGGAGGUGUUCGACUACGCCUACGAGGUGAUGAAGGAGAGGCUGCUGGAGCUGAUGUGCAGAGAGGAUGAGGAAGGUAGUCACGGGGAGGACGUGAGCACCUGCGAUCCAGUGGGGAAUCACUCGGAAGGCAUCAGCCACACUGUGAGCGUCCCCCUGCAGUCCACGCUGGGAACGCUGGAGGAGAUCGCCUGCUAAUGACCAGGCCAGCGCCUCCUCCGCGCGCUCCCCCCUGACCGGGACGGAGAUCACAGGAACGCGGGGGGGUGGGUGGGGUGGAGGGGGGGAGGAGCCGACCCGCCCCCCCCCCCCCCCUUUCAACAGACUGCACCGUCUCCUCGGAGCGGAAGCCCUUCGAGGCACAGCCGAAUCAAAGACAUGCGCCCCGGCGUGUGCCGUCCUACACCGCACACAGCACAACGUCGGAGCGCGAGACCCCGCCUCCCGGACUCGAGCGCGGCCUUCUUUUCCGGCGGUCGAGCAAGAGCCCUCCCGCUCUCUCUCCGUCCCGCGGAGAGGUCCGCCGCGACGAAGCGGCUCGAUCGGCCGAAAGGACGCGCGUCUGUAUAUAAGAUUUGUGUACACCAGUCGCUCUGUAACGUCUGUUCACGGUCUACUGCCAAAUUGUACAUUGUCAAACCGUUCUAUUUGCAUGUGGGUUCUUUGGAUACCGUUCUUUUUAAUGACGCUGCUUACUUUUGCGCUGUUUCUCUCUCUCUCUCUGUCUCUCUCUCUCUCUCUCUCUCUGUCUCUCGCUCUCUGUAUGGCUUGUAAGGCGGGGUUCGUUCCGGGCCCGGCUCUUUGACGAGGUCGCCGCCCGCGACUGUUGCACCCUGGGACGGCUUUCUUUGUUAAUUAAAAAUGUGUGUGCGAUGAGCUCUCUCUGUGUGCGCGUUACUGGCUGCGCUCGUUUAUAAUUUUGUCUAAUAAAUAAUUGGUCUACUGUA